CAGAAAUAUAAAAAACUGUCAUAAGGAGAGGAGAAGAGGAAAAGAAAACAAACAGAUGUGAACUCUCUCUUCUUCUCUCUUUGUCUUAAAACUUUUAAUAUCCUCUCCUCUCAGUUACUACCACUACUCGUCAAUGGCUAGCGACGGUGGCGUUUCUUGUCUACGGAGGCCAGAGAUGAUGAACGUCGGCAUCGGAGGAAUGGAACAUCCUCUUUUGGAUGUAGAUGAAGUUCAUGUCCUGGCCGUCGACGACAGCCUCGUUGAUCGGAUUGUCAUCGAGAGAUUGCUUCGUAUUACCUCCUGCAAAGUCACGGCGGUAGAUAGCGGAUGGCGUGCUCUGGAGUUUCUAGGGCUAGACAACGAGAAAGCCUCUGCAGAACUCGAUAGAUUGAAAGUUGAUCUGAUCAUCACGGAUUACUGCAUGCCUGGAAUGACAGGCUACGAGCUCCUCAAGAAGAUCAAGGAAUCGUCCAGUUUCCGACAAGUCCCGGUUGUAAUAAUGUCGUCGGAGAAUGUAAUAACAAGAAUCGACAGGUGCCUUGAGGAAGGUGCGGAGGAUUUCUUACUCAAACCGGUGAAGCUCGCCGACGUGAAACGCCUCAGAAACUAUCUGACCAGAGACGUUAAACUUUCAAACGGAAACAAACGGAAGCUUCCAGAAGAUUCGCCUCCGUCGACUCUCUCGCCUGAUUCGUCGGACUCUUCUCCCUCGCCGUUAUCUCCCGUGGAGAUCUUUUCCUCGCCGCCCUCAUCUCCAAUUGACGAUGACAAUGUGCUGACAUCGUCGCCGGAGUCUUCUCCAUCGCCGGAGGAAACGCCGGUUCGACGGCAGAAGAUGAGGAGUCCCGGGUUAGAUUAGUGACCUUUUUACUGUGGGGUCCGUGUAAUACCUAUCUCCGUUAACUUCUUUUUUCUUUUUUUACCUUUUGACGGUGUUUUUAAUUGCACGUUGACUUAAUGCCGUCGAUUUUAUAAGCUUUUCGACUUAUAAGCUUUAAUUAAAGGAUAAUGGAAGAUUUAGAAUUCAUACUAAUUAGUUUUCAUGUUUA